CUUCUUUCCUUGAAGAAAAAUAUGAGCUGGGCGUUCCUACGUGAUCUGCUGAGCGGGGUGAACAAAUACUCAACAGGAAUUGGAAGAAUUUGGGUAGCUGUCGUGUUCAUGUUCCGCUUACUGGUUUAUGUUGCUGCUGCGGAAAACAUCUGGAAACACGAACAUGAUGAAUUUGAGUGCAAUAUCAAGCAGCCUGGUUGUGAAAAUGUCUGUUUUGACCAUUUUUUCCCUGUCUCUCACAUCAGACUUUGGGCUUUGCAAUUAAUCAUGGUCUCCACCCCUUCACUCUUGGUUGUCUUUCAUGUUGCUUACAGAGAGAACAGAGAAAAACACCACAACCAGAAAUUUUACAGAAAUCCAGGAAAGAUAGAUGGUGGAUUGCUGUGYACUUACUUAAUCAGCCUCAUUUUAAAAACAGGACUUGAAAUAGUUUUUCUUGUUCUGUUUUAUAAAUUGUACAAUGGAUUCAAAAUACCACRUCUUGUGAAAUGCGACAUAAAACCAUGUCCAAAUACCGUAGACUGUUAUAUUUCCAAACCCACAGAGAAGAUGAUUUUCCUCUAUUUUCUGGUGGCAACUUCAUGCCUCUGCAUCGUAUUAAAUCUAAGUGAACUGAGUUAUCUGAUUUUCAAAUACUCCAUAAAAUGUUAUCUGAAGAGACAUGUGAAGAAACAGCAAGGCUCAAAAAGCGAUUGCUGCGAAUCAGAACUCAUCAGGUACAACAGAGCAGCAGCUGCAGGACAAUUCCACAACAGUUCCUCAUCUUUGCCUCUGAAUAUGCAAGAUGAACAUGAAAAACCUUCCCCGCUGACUUGAAAGAAGGCUGGAGACCACCCUCCCAUUACACAUGCUGUUUUUGACAAAUUGCUUUUCCAAACACUGCUUUGCAGAACUGAAAGGAUAGUUACAUAGGAAAUACUGUUUCUCUAUUARUUUCCCAUUACUUGAGCUGCUAAAUUCAGUUACAUUAUGUAUGUCAUACAUAGAAUAAUCGAGAUCUUUUCAUGCUGAAACAAGGAAAGUAGAAGUCUGAGAAUUCCAUGAAGCUUUAAUAUAAACACAGAUGCUUAUGAUAAAUCAUGCAGAAACAAUUGCUCAAACAGUUGUGUACUGAAUAUUACACAGAAUUGCUUUGGUACAAGCAAAAAGAGCUUUUUAUAUGCAGAGAUAGGAAGAACCUGGGAGUGAUAAGUUGAACAUUAAGGGGAUGUACAGCAUUUGCCAUGUGGGUGGAUCAGAUYUGGUAACUGUUGAAAUGGCAGUGGGAAAGUGCUGGCAGAGUGACAGCUGGUGCCUUGAAGGGAGCUGCAUAGUCAUUGGACUACUACAAAACAUCUCAAAAAAUGAAAAAAACUAAGAGGUAGACACAUCUAUUUUAGCCCAUGGUGAUAAAGACAGAUUUGGUUAUUUAGCUGUUUGUGGAGCACCUUCUUCUGGAAUGAUCUGAGCCCUUACUGUUGUUAGGGUAUUAAUCUUCAGAAAGCAUCCUUUAAGAAAGGCACUUGCCCAAACUUGUGCAAGCAGCAUAUAGCAGGGUAUAGAGUUAACUUCUGGUCACCUGCACCAAGCAGCUCCCAAGUCAUCAGACUUGUCUUCUGAUCUGUGGU